AUGUCUGUCUCCUUCACUUCCUCUCAACUCUUCUUUCACAAACCUCUCUUCUCUCUGCAGAGCCUUUUUGAAAAGCAACGAGCACCUGGGUUUUGGAGAAGACCACAGGCUUUGAGGGGUCUUGUGGUCAGAGCAGGCCCAAAGAAGAUAUCUUUUGGUACAGAAAGCAGGGAGGCCUUACAAGCUGGGAUAGAUAAGCUUGCUGAUGCUGUUUCUCUGACCUUAGGACCUAGAGGACGUAAUGUUGUUCUUUCUGAGUCUGAAACACUGAAAGUGAUUAAUGAUGGUGUAACAAUUGUUCAAUCCAUAGAGCUAUCAGAUACAAUUGAGAACGUCGGAGCAAUGCUAAUCCAAGAGGUUGCAAGUAAAAUGAAUAGUUUGGCUGGUGAUGGAAUGGAUAAGACUGUGAAUGAAUUGGUCAAGGUCUUGAAGAAGAAGAGUCUUCCCGUAAAAGGAAGGAAAGAUAUUAAAGCUGUGGCCUCAAUUUCUGCUGGAAAUGAUGAAUUCAUAGGGAAUUUAAUUGCUGAAGCUAUUGAUAAGAUUGGCCCUGAUGGAGUAAUCUCAAUUGAGUCAUCCUCAUCAUUUGAAACGUCUAUUUUAGUUGAAGAAGGACUGAAGUUUGACAAGGGGUACAUGUCCUCCCACUUCAUUACCAACCAGGAAAGAUCUGUUGUGGAGUUUGACAAAGCUAAGGUUCUAGUAACUGAUCAAAAGAUUUCUACUGUUAAAGAAAUUGUUCCUUUACUGGAAAAGACAACCCAAUUGAGUAUCCCGCUACUAAUCAUUGCAGAGGAUAUCUCAAAGCCAGUUCUGGAAACAUUAGUGGUGAACAAAAUGCAGGGUUUACUUAAUGUUGCUGUUGUUAAAUGUCCUGGAUUUGGAGAGGGAAAGAAAGCUCUUUUGCAAGACAUUGCACUCAUGACAGGUGCUGAUUUUCUCUCUGGAGAUUUUGGUCUGACCCUUGAAAGUGCAACAUCAGAUCAACUUGGAGUUGCAAGAAGAGUGACAAUAACAAGUAAUUCAACAACAAUAGUUGCUGACCCUUCUACUAAAGCCGAGAUUCAGGCAAGAAUAUUGCAGAUCAAGAAGGAUCUGGCAGAAACAGAAAAUGCAUACCUGUCGAGAAAGCUCUCUGAAAGAAUUGCCAAACUUUGCGGUGGAGUUGCCGUAAUUAAGGUAGGAGCACAUACUGAGGUGGAACUUGAAGAUCUCAAACUCAGAAUUGAGGAUGCAAAGAAUGCUACAUUUGCUGCUAUGGAGGAAGGGGUGGUGCCUGGUGGUGGCGCAACAUACGUACAUCUGUCAGAAUUCAUUCCUGUCAUAAAGAAUUCUAUGGAAGAUACAGAUGAGCAGAUAGGUGCUGACCUUGUGGCAAAGGCUCUACUUGCUCCUGCAAAAUCAAUUGCAACUAAUGCAGGGGAUGAUGGAGAAGUUGUUGUGGAGAAGACUAAAAGUUGUGAUUGGAGAGUUGGGUACAAUGCAAUGAAUGGCAGCUAUGAAGAUCUUCCAGAUGCAGGAGUUAUAGAUCCUUGUAGGGUUUCAAGAUGUGCCCUUCAAAUUGCAGUCUCCAUUGCUGGUGUGGUUCUUACAACUCAAGCUGUAUUGGUGGAGAAAACGAGGAAGAAAAAGCCAGCUGUUCCUUUUGUUCCUGGAAUAACUCCUCAGUGA